AUGUCGCCCCUCGAGCGCUUCAGCAAAUGGGUCCAGCUCAAGAUCUACCAGUUUGAGGUCACCUACAGCGUCUACAUGCUGACGCCCAUGGAGAAGUUCUUUGUUUACUCCCUCCUCUUCCUCCUCACGAGCCUGACCUCCAUCGCCAUCUUCCUCUACCUCCCCCACCACGUCGCCUUCCUGAUCAACCGCGCCUGGUUCUACGCCCACGGUGACAGCCAGUUUGACGCAGCCCAGAGCCUACUGCAGGGCGUGGCCGUGGCAGAAAAGGCCGGCACCACGGCUGCCGUGCAAGCUACCACGGCUGUCGAGAGCCUCGCCGACGCCGCUGCGACGGUCGUGCGGGAGCUGUAG